AUGCUUGUCAAAUCUGGUGUUCUCCUCGCUCUGGCUUCGGCCGCCAUCGCUGCCCCAGCACUUGAUACCCGUGCAGAUGCCCCCAAUCCCAAUGAGGUGACCAUCAAUGGCAUCACUACCUCUGGAACCGGGUGCCCACAAGGCACCGUUGGGAAGUACCUCUCUGAUGAUCGCCAAACUUUCACCCUCAUCUUCGACCAGUAUCAGGUUCAAAUCGGGCCUGGCACCCAACCAGCAGAUGCACGCAAAUUCUGUCAGGUCAAUCUUCAGCUACACUAUCCUUCUGGCUUCCAGUACUCGAUCUUGAGUACUGUUUAUAGAGGUUAUGCAGCUCUUGAUGCCGGCGUGACCGGGACUCAGGAAGCCACUUACUACUUCUCUGGUCAAUCCGCCCAAGUAUCAACCAAGUCUAGCUUCAAGGGCCCAUUCAGUAACAACUACAACAUCGCGGACAACGUUCCAAUGGCCUCCACCGUCUGGUCUCCUUGCGGAGCUGAUCUACCCAUCAACAUCAAAUCCCAGAUCUCCCUCGCUAGCACCAAAACUACAGCCAAGGGCCUUAUGACCGACGAUUCUAUCGACGGCAAGAUCACCUGGGUCACCGGUGUCUCCUGGAGAAAGUGCAAGUAG